GUUGCUACCAAUUAGGCUCUACUUCAUCUCCGGAUUUGGAGAACCAUGAAGGGCCAUGACCACAAGAUGGCAAGAAUGGAGGACAUUCUUAAUCUACCAGUGCAGGAUCCGCCGUGUGCUGAGUUCUCUGCUGCUCAGAUCAAGUGGGAGAAAGUGGGAGGCGUCCGCCACGGCGGUGAUGAUAUUGCCCUCAUUCCAUUUGCUAGAGUGGAUGAUUUUGUCAAGGGAGAGUCUUUGAAUGCCGAUUGCCCCGCUAGCUUUCGUGUUGAGUCAAAGAGGGAGAGAGCUCAAGGGAGUGUGAGCAAGCCGAGGGUCGAUGGAUAUCUUGAAUAUACACUAUACUGGUGUUCUUAUGGCCCUGAAGACUAUAGAGAAAGUGACUCAACUAUGGUGGAUGGUUCUAGUGUGAUGAAGCCUGCAUCAGGAAAGGGGAGCAGGCCGGGGCGGCGUCACAUGAUGAGGGGCUGCCUCUGCCAUUUUACUGUAAAACGGUUAUAUACACGGCCACUCAUUGCUCUUAUAAUCUAUAACCAGAGAACACACGUAGAUAAAUCUGGAGCCCCUUGUCAUGGUAUACUUGAUCGGGAUUCUAUGGGAACGAGAGCUAUGUAUGCUCCACGAAUUUCGGAGGAGCAACGCCAGAAAGUGAUGUCUAUGCUUUAUGUCGGAAUACCUUUGGACAAUAUAGUUCAGCAUCACAUGGAGUUGGUCCAGGAGCAUGGAGGACCCCUUAACCGGGAUGAUUUUCUGAGUCGUAGUGAUGUUCGUAACAUGGAAAGGCUGAUUCAUAAUUCUUCUCAUGAGCUACAUGCAGAUGAUGACUGCAGUGUAAAGAUUUGGGUUCAACGCCAUCGUAAGCAUGUUUUCUACUUUGAGGAAAGCUCCAGUUCAGAAUCAUUUGUCUUAGGGAUACAGACGGAUUGGCAGCUGCAGCAGAUGCUCCAAUAUGGACAUAAUAGUUAUGUAGCUUUCCAUUCAAGAUUUGGGUUUAAGAAAUUCAAGUUUUUCGACCCACCCCGGAACGCAAUUCCAGUGGCUUGGAUCAUUACAUCUUCUUUCAAUAGUCAAGAUAUCCAUAAGUGGAUGGGGUUACUGGCUGAAAGAAUUCGAACCAAGGAUCCAAGAUGGAGGCUUGAUGCCUUUUUAGUAGAUGAUCCUUCCUAUGAAAUUUCUAUAAUAAGAGAGGCUUUCCAAUGCCGGGUUUUAUUAUGCAUCUGGCAUGUUCAGCGUGCGUGGAUAAAAAGGAUUUUAAAGACAUGCAGAAACUUUGAUGUGCAGCGAGAGAUGUUUAAGCACUUAGGUUGGUUGUUGUUUUGCACAAGAAAUGGGCCAAAUGCUAUGGAUGCAAUUGAAGAGUUUCUGCAAGUAUUUGUUGAUCAAUGUGCUUUUAUGGAUUACUUUAAGAGGCAAUGGUUACCAAAUAUAGAGUUUUGGGUCGAUGGUAUAAGGUCUCUUCCUGUGGCCAGUCCAGAGCCCAAUGCUGCAGUUGAGUCCUAUCAUUUGAGGUUGAAAUCCAGGCUUUUCAAUGAGCAAAAUGCUAACUCCUGGUCAAGAGUUGACUGGUUAAUCCACACACUUACAACUGAAUUCCAAUCAUCCUUUUGGUUGGAUCAAUAUAGCCUAGAGACUGGGUAUUUUGAAAACCUGAGAGAUAAGUCUUGUUUAACCAAUUGUUGGUAUCAGGCUCUGCAGAUUGUAGAUGUUGAUGUUAUAAUUGAUGAGCAAAAUAUACAGUAUGCAAAAGUCAUGUCACAAUCAAACAGAAACGUGGCGUACACGAUAUGGAACCCAGGUUCAGAAUUCUCUUUGUGUGAUUGCCCUUGGUCAAUGCUGAGGAAUAUCUGUAAGCAUAUUAUUAAGGUUGCAAUCUUGUGUAAAACUCGGCAAGUCGCUCGACCUUUAUUGGCUGCUCAAAUUUAUAGGCAGACUUUGCUUACCCUUCUACAAAAUCCCCCAUAUAAUCCUGUAGUUCUUGAUCAUGCUAUUUUACAUGCAACCCGCUUGCAACAGGACAUCAAAGGCUUGGAAGAUUUAUCCAAUAGUGGGUUGCUCCAGUCUUUACCUUCAGAGAUUAACUCUAAUGUAGCAGACAAUAUGCUUUUUCCUCGUCUCCCUUGAGUAGGCCAUCCAAAGGAGAUUCUCAUAUAUGCCCAGGCUUUCAUCGAGGAUGUUAAGCUAACAUGUGUUGAACCUGUACUGACAGACUUCAGUUGUGACACUGCAGAGCUGUAGAGAUGAAGAAUUCAUGACAAUUUACACCGGAUGUGGAAUUGCUUUUCCAGGUCAUGGAGGUUGAACAUCCUUGCUUUUCCAGGUCAUCAGCUUACUAAACUGUAGCCGUGUCUAAGCUGUCAGCAAGGUGGAAAAAG